AUGAAUAUGGAUCAACUGGUAAUGCAACCACCACCACCACCAGUACCUUCAAAGGAUAAGCCUGUGCAGGACACCCGGUUGCGGCCAAGCUCUAUAAGCAGUGACUCUACUCCAUCACUCCCACUUUCAAUCCCUUACUAUUACAUUGCUAAUAAUUCCAAUAGUUUUGAUACCGUCAACUUGUUGAACACCUUCACUGCUCAACCACUUUAUUCAAACACAUCUCAUUUAAAUAUUCUGUCACCAGUCAAAUCAGAAUUUUCUAUCAAUCAUAACCCUAAUGCUCGUCACCAAUCACCAGCACCAGGAGUGCCGGAAACUCCAACUGGGGUAGGUGCUUAUGAUCCCAAGACUGCUGCUGCUGCUGCUGCUGUGGGAGCUGGUGCUGCUCCAGGCGCUGGGGCAUCGGGAGUCCCGGGGACUGUAACGAUCCAGACUCCUUCACGUCCUGGUCCAAUGUACCAAGCCCCAGUUUCUGAAGAAGCUCUUUUCAACCAAGUACCUAAACGGUUUUCCCAAUUCAUCUUGGAUCAACAGAACCCUUACAUGGUGCAGAAGAUCGAUGGGUUGUCGAUGAACCUGUUAUCUUUGUAUAGUGGGGGUGAUCCUUAUGGAGAUCCAAAUAACUUUAACCAUGUCUCUGGCAAACAAUCUUACUCCUUGACUACAUCUUCCAACAAUAAUAAUAAUAAUAACAAUAAGAAGAAGUCUACCACCUCAUCUUCAUCGGGCGAUAAGAGAGAUAUUUCCGAUUCUAUGGGAUCUCAGGCCACGAUUUUCUCAACCAGACCACAAGAUUUCGGCGCCAAUACCCCGCCUUUGGUGGGACUUCAAAGGAAAAAGGCCAUUAAGGAUAAAAAUGGUGGUUGGAUAUUCAGAUUGAAGAUUCGUAUGAAGAAAAUGGCAUCUAAAUUGAAAUAUGUAUUCAAAGUUAAAAGAAGGAAAAGUAUGAAAAAGAAGACGAAGACUUCCAACAAACUGGCUAGAAGAAAGCAACUGGUUGCCACUGAUGAGAAGCCAAGAGGUAUGUUUGCACAAUUCUCACGCUCUAGAUCUCUUAGAAAGAAGGGUAAAGGCUACAACAGAAACAUCAAGAAACUUCAAAUCUCUGCACCAGCAAAUAAUCCUGAUCUUGGUAAAACUUCAGGAGAGCUUGAAAAAGUUCCAUUGGAUUCUGAAUUGAGACAAAAGGCCGGUGCACAAGUGGGUCAUCUGUUUGAGAAAGAUGACGAUAGCGAUAUCAUUGGUGGAAAGAAGCCUGAAUCUAUGAAGAAGUUAGCUGAUCCUCCUAGAACAAUGGCUCCUCCUCCAAUUAAGCCUGCCACUUUAGGAUCAAGGUCAUUUUCUUCUGCUGAACUUCCUGAAGCAACUGCUAUUCGUAAAAGCAUGCAUGCACCUAUCCUUGAUGAGCAUAUUGAGGCUGCACUUGUGGAGGCAUGGAGAAGUUAUCUUUCCCACGUUUUGACAUCUAGAAUCAAACUCAGACAGGAAAUCAAUUUCUUCCAAUCUUUGAAUAGACUGGAAAGUUAUGUCUUUGGACCUGUUGAUACCGAGAGUGAAGGAGGACUGGUUAUCGAUCGUGCUGCUUCCACAAUUAAAUCAAGCUCAAAGUCUAGGGUCGCUACUAGUGCAACAAUUACCAGUAAAUCGACUCCAGUACCGGCCAAACUGGAACCAUUAAGAACCCUUCUGGUUAUGUCAACUUCAUCAAACAGCUCUGUAGAAUCGGAACUUUCAGUGUUGGAUCCUUCAACGGCGCAGUUCAAUACGUCAUAUGCCAAUAGACACUCUGUUCUUGGAGAGAUGUUGGAUUACACUUCUGAUGAUACAGGUUCUAUCACUUCAACGUCUUCAUCAACCUAUUCUGAGUCUCAUAUUUCCAAUGAAGAUAUAGGAAUCGGUAAAAGAUAUGGUACAGUUAUUCGUAGAAGUGGUGCCAACUCCUUACAGGGACUGACUCAACUGUUACCAAGACAAGGUCUGCUUUCUCCCAUAAGAAGAUCACAUGGCUACAGUCUGGGACUCAGCAGUGCAGGUUCACGUUAA